UCGAGAAACUCUUGAAGAUAUCAGAAAUAUUUUCUUUGUUGAAACAAUUUCUGAUAAAAAAAAACUCACUUAUAACUGAAAGUGGAAUAGAAGUUGAAAUUAAUUUCGUUUGAAUCAAAUUUACGAGGAUUUGAAGUUUUCUAAGUUUAUUUGCAAUACAUCAGAGCAGUGUCAGUCAUCGACUACUUAAGAAAAAAAUCAUACAUAAAACAGAACAUUUAACACAACAGAAACAGCAACAAGUGAUUAAAUAUGUUUUAUUUAUAAAAUUCAAUGAGAUGCUCGGUCACCGACUGAUGUUGAACAAGUCAAAGACACAUUUAAUUUUAUGAUAAGAUCGCGCAAAUGAAAACAAAACUGUAAACCUUAUCUGUUAUCAACUUAUCAUCUUCUAAACACAACCGAUAAUGGAGGAAGAUAGCAAACUCACACUAAAAGCUGAAGAUGUAGAGAAUAAAAAGAAACUUCAAAUUCUAGAAACAGAAAGCGAAAGGAAAACUCGUUUAUUAUCAUUAAAAAUUAUUUACUUUACGAUGUUCUUGAUGACACUCGGUUUUUCGAUUAUUUUGACAGGAAUAUGGCCAUACUUAGAUACGUUGGACACGAGUGCUGGUAAAACGUUUAUGGGCUUUAUAGUUGCAGCAAAUCCGCUUGGGCAAAUGAUUUUCUCGCCAGUGUUUGGAUGGUGGGCUAAUAAAGUGUCAUCAAUAAGAAUUCCUUUCAUUGUAUCGCUGGUGAUUUUUUGUGCUGCUAGUGCACUUUACUCUUCUCUUGAUCAUGUUGAAACGAAUGCAAAAUAUUGGAUGCUUAUUGCGAGAUUCUUUGUUGGUGUUUCAUCAGCGAAUAUCGUAAUUUGCCGAAGUUAUUUGUCAGCAGCAACAACUUUAGACGAGAGAACGAAAGCUGUUUCGAUUUUAACACUUGCACAGACUUUGGGCUUCAUAUUUGGCCCAUCGCUUCAAGGCGUAUUUACACCACUUGGAAGUGAUGGCUUUGUUUUUCUUAAGUUCUUCCAUAUCAACAUGUACACAGCACCGGGAUGGGUGAAUGUCUUCUUGGGCGUCAUAAACUUUUUCUUAUUCCUUCCCUUCAUAUUCCAAGAUCGAAGAGUUUCAGCACGUGAACAAAUGAUAUUACAUGGAAAGGAGAGUGAAAAAGAAACGUGGAAAGCGAUCAAACCAGACUAUACAACAUGUUGGGCUUUAAUUUUUUCACUUUUCGUGUUUGUAUUUAACUUUGUGUUGCUUGAAAGUUUAGGCACACCUUUGACAAUGGAACAAUUUGCUUGGACGAAGACAGAAGCACUCAAAAACAUGGCAAUUUUAAUGACUGUUGGGGGAGUUAUUGCAUGUGCAACUUUUUUAAUGAUCACACCAUUGUGUAAGAAAUUUAAAGAAAAUUAUGUUUUGAUUGUUGGAGGCUUUUUCUUGAUGGUUCUUGGAAGAAUCGUUCACAUACCUUACAGAGAUGAACUUCCGAAACUUGCUGUUGACAGAGAAUUCAUUUAUGAGAAUGGAACGAUAGGAAUUUAUAAUGAAGAUGAUCCCAAAGUUCUGGGAUGUCCAGUGACUCAAGAGUGGUGUAAAUUUACACCCGUUCUUGGUUUUCCUGAGUUUGUCUUAGGAUAUCUGUUAACAAGUGUCGGUUAUCCGAUUGGACUGACAUUGAUCGCGACGAUCUUUUCAAAAGUACUUGGACCUCGUCCACAAGGUGUAUGGAUGGGAUUAAUGACAAGUAGUGGAUGUUUAAGUAGAAUUUUUGGACCAAUUUGUGUGUCAGUUUUAUAUGCAAAAUUUGGAACUUUUUGGUUGUCAACAGUCACAGGAUUAAUGAUGAUUGUUCCUAUGGCAUGGUUGAUUGUACUUCGUGAUCGUCUUUAUAUUAAAAAUAUUGACAUUAAAUCGAUAGACAUGAAAGAAGUUGAUAGAAAGUCAUCUAAUAAUUUUAUUAAGACUUCAACUGUGAUUAAUAAUGCAGAGAAAGAUGAAAAAGACAAAUUUUUAAAAUCUGAUAGUUAACAAAGUAGUUGAUAAAGUCAAAUAAAUAAAUAGCUCAAUUAAAUAAUUUGGUGGACA